UCAGCAUCCUAGGUCAAAGAUAUGAAUGGAUGUUUUUGGCCACCAUUUGGCCAAUGGAUUAAAAUUUAAAAAUAUGAUAAAAAAUUGCAUCCCACCUUCUUAUGAUUGGGAUCUUUAUCAUUCAAGGCUAAUUGGUGAAUUAUAUGGAGAUUUGAGUGUUGUAAAACAUAAAGCAGCUCAAGCUGAAGAAACUUCCGAUUUAGCUUCAAAUGAUGAAGAACAUGAAAAAAGGAAAAUUAAAAAAAAAAGAAUUUACAUCAUCUGAUUCAGAUUCAGAUUCAAAUCCAACCUUCAACAUUUCGUAUAAAAGAAAAAAUAUUAAUAAUGAAAUUAUAAAUGAAGAAAGUGAUAAAAAGAAUGAAAUAGUUAACAUUCCAAUUUUAAGAAAGGCUACCAAAGUGCCAUGUACAUCAAAAGAAGAAGAGCUUCCAAAUACUGUUAAACCUCAAGAAGUUUUUAAAGAUGAAGCCUACAAAAGACAAGUACUAAGGAUGCUGUCGAUUCUGAAUUAUAAGAUGGACCAAAUGGCGGAAGAUUUAAAUAAUCUUAAGAUGCAUAAUAUUAUGGAAAAAGAGGUUCCCACAAUGGAAUCUUUAUUUGAAAAAUUUGAGUUGCUCUUAAAAUCAAUGGAAGAACUUCAUAAUUUAGAAAUUUAUUUAGAGAAUGAUGAAAAGAAAAAAGAAGUUGUGACAGAACUUUCAAGAUUUAGAGAAGCAAAUCCUAAAAUUAUGAUUAAAAGAAUUAUGGAAAAAGUUUUCUCUAACGAGUUGGCUGUGCAAUAUUCUUGGCUAGGAUUAAAAGAAAAGAAAAUUUUUCUAAUUUGAUUAUUUCCCAAAUAAUAAUAAAAUCUGUGAUGGCACUUCACACAAGCACUACAGCAUCUGAUGUUGAAAGUGGUAUUAAAAUGGUUGGUUAAAGUCAAAGAAAGGAUUCAAAAACAACAGCAAAAGUAAUAUAUAUUUAUGUUUUUUUUGUUAAAUCUAAUAUAAAGUUUAUAUUUUUACAUUGUAUUCAAGUAUUUUUGUUUCUUUAUGUUAUUUUAUGUUGAAAUUUUAUGACUAAUUAUUUCAGUGAUAUAAUUUUUUAGUACAAAGUAUAUUGUAUUAAGACUCUCAUA